AUGGAACCCAGUUUGAUGUCUCGCUCUCUGUGGACCAACGACAGCAAAUUUCUCCAUCAUCUUCAUGUCCCUGAUUUCUACACUAGUGUCCAGGUUACACAGGAUAUACCAGCCGGAGUGUCUUUUGGUCCCUGUGUGCUUCACACCACUGUGUAUGAUACAAUAGCCUUCAUCGCCUUAAAAUCAUUUGAUAGAAGAGGAAAAUCUUAUGUGUUUAGGGUAGAUCCAGAUGCACUGAAGAGUUCUCCAUUGGUGGUACCUUGGCUAAGGUUAGUCCAGGCUGCAAUGGACACAAAAGAACAGAACACAGAAGCUUAUCUGAAAGCUGGACAGCUUUAUUUUCGCACCAUCCGAGACAUCAGCCAAGGGGAGGAAUUGCUUGUCUGGUACGAUGAGGAGCUGUCUCAUCUGUUGGGUUUCAGUGACAUUAAAACAAGAGGCCUGGCAGAUGGUUUCAUGUGUGGGAGGUGCAGGCAGUCAUUCAAACACGAAAACCCUUUCCUUGCUCACUGUCGGUUUUUGUGUGCCAACGUUAAAGCCGAUGCGAUCCAAGCUGACAGCAAACAGAUGUACAGUGAAGCAGGGCGACAGCGCAAAGUCACAGAUUUUCACAACAUUGCAAGAGACAUGGAACAUAAAAAAACAUCCGAGGACCUGGUCACCACACGGAAAAGGAAGCACGAUGAAGGAUCUUUAAGUCCACGAAGCAGAAAACCUGUUUUACUGGAAAAAAAGAACAUAGCUAAUGACAACAACAUGACACAGGCCAACACAGACUACCCAAGUGGACACAAUUUAACGGAAACAGCUUUGAAAGGAACUGGAGAGAGUUGGUCAACUAGCAGGUUAAAAAGUGACAAAAACAGUGCAUUUGUGAAGAUUAAUAAAGAAGAAGGAGCCAAACUGGAACAGGCACUUCAAGUUGAGGAUAAAACAGAACAAAACCCAUCCACCCUGGGCCACCAGACAUGUACGGAUUCUAAUGCAUCUGAACCGGGUGCCUUUGUACUCUGGACUGCACAUGCACAACAAAAGAGCGCUUUCUGUAAGCCAAAUAAGCGCACCUUUACUGAAGCCCACCAAAAUCCAGCACCUCCACUGUGUGGCCCACAGGAACUUCCAGAGAAUAUUUUAGGCUACAGAAACCUGUUAGCCUCUACCAUGUAUCAAAAUGACCUGCCUAGCACACAAACAGCAGUAUCUGCUCCCCUAACUACACCAAGCUCUUUCCAUUAUGCACCUGAUCCCUGGAGCAGAAGCGUAAGCGGGUCCAUACACCCCUCAUCUUCCUCUCUUCCGGUUCUUCCUCCUACCCUGAGCUCCCUGGGUGUAACAGUGCAGAACUGGUGCGCGAAAUGCAACCUGUCAUUCCGGAUGACCUCGGAUUUGGUGUUUCACAUGCGCUCGCACCACAAAAAGGAGUUUGCAGCUGAGGCUCAGAGCCGCAGGAGGAGAGAGGAGAAGCUCACCUGCCCUAUUUGCCAUGAAUACUUUAGAGAACGGCAUCACCUCUCUCGUCACAUGACUUCUCACAACUAA